AUGCUAACGCAUCAUUAUCCAAUGAAUUUUAAACAAACCUUAUAUACCGAUCAUGAUCUUACUGAAUUGUCGUGGUUAACUCGAUCGGAUAUAUUCGAUCAACGAUCAACGAAUCCAACGCGUCCAGUGCCAAAACUCAGUCAAAGUUUACCAACAUAUAUUACGAAUAAAAAAGAAAUUCCUCGUCAUCAUCAUCAUUCCUCGCCCUCAAGUCUUAUCGAUUCCUCUGAUAGUGAACAUGAUAAUGAUUCGUCAUCGUUAAAUUCUUCAAGUGAACGUGUAACAACAAAUUUAUCUGAUAUUGUUUCUCCACCACAUUCAGCAUUAUGCUUUUGGAUAUUAUUUGCUAUUGAAGAAUCAAGAAUAAAUGCAUUAACAUUAAACGAAAUAUGUGAUUGGAUUGAACGUCAUAUUGAACAACAACAACAACAAACAUUAAAAACAACAAAACUUAUGUCUUCGGAUGAGCAAUUAAUUCGUAGUGCACGUUUAAAGAGUAAAGUUCGCUAUCAUAUGACAAAACAAAUCUCAUUUUUUGUUAAAAUAAUCAAAGAUCCGGUGAAUGGAAUUAAAUUACGUUAUCCAUUAUGGACAACGGAUCGUUCAAAACGUGUAUUAUUACUUGAUACAUUAUUAACUAUGAAUACACGUCAAUUAUCUUUAUGUACGCAAUAUACAAUCGACAUCUAUGAACGUUUAUGUUCCGAACGGCGACUAACAUUACUACGUAAUACAAAUGAUGAAAAUAGUUGUCCAACAUUAUUAAAACACAAUGCAAAACGCGAUAAAACUAUUCAUCGUCUUGGUUCAGCCGACGAGUCCAAUACUAAUACUAAUAAUAAACGAAAAAAACAACGUUCAAAAACUGACCCAUCAACAACUUCGACUCCUAGUGUUGAAGUUGUCGAUGCUGCUAUGACAUUAUUACUUUUACGAAAGCCAAAAUGA